AUGAAAAACAAUAUUUUCUUUGGUCGUUUUUUCUCCCUUAAACCGGUGCAAUCAAUUAUAUUCGAUCUCGAUGGAGUUAUAAUUGAUAGUGAAACUGUUUACUACAGAAUUAAUGAAAACACAUUAACACAUUUUGGUAUUAAUUAUUCUUUGGAAUUGAAACGUGGACAGAUGGGGAGAAAAUUGAGUGAAGGAGUUGAUUAUUUGUUAGAGACGACGAGGCUGGUGGAAAGGGGAGUGAAACCUGAGGUAAUUGGAAAGCUUAAAAAUGGAUGGGAAUGUUCUAAAAUGUCAAACCUACUGAAUUUUGCAGAAUGAAAAUCCCCUCAAAAUUUUCAAAAUGUCACUCUCCAAAAUUUUCGGUACUUGUGUAGUUGCCCCCCCCCCAUAAGCUCCGCCCCUUUUUUCUACACAGCUACCUAAUUUAAAAAUAUCAAUACCCCCAGAAUUUUUCAAAAUGUCACUUCGAAAAAUUUCAAAAAUGCCAACUACUCGAAAAAUCUUCAAAAUGUCCAACCCUUCAAAUUUUCGGCACUUGUGUAGUUGCCCCCCCCCCUUUUUUCUGCACAACUACCAAAUUUUCAAAUGCCAUCUCCUCGAAAAAUUCUCAAAAUGUCAAAACUGCAUUAAAUUUGCCUAUUAAUUUACAGGAUUAUCUAAAAGUUUAUAAGAAAUUUUACAAAGAAGAAUUAGAAUCUACAAAAGGAGCUGGAUGGCCAUUACUUUUUGGAGCCCAAAAAUUAAUAACCCAUUUACAUCAAAAUAAAAUCCAAAUGGCUUUAUGUACCGGUUCUUCGAGUAAAGAAUUUCCGAAAAAGAUUGGAAAAGCUAAAGAAUUAAUUGAAAAAAUGAGCCCAAUAGUUUUGGCUGGGGACGAUCCUGAGGUUAAUGAAGGAAAGCCUGCGCCCGACCCAUAUUUG